GUCGCGGUUAACUCAUAAUGCCUCUCAGAUUUGCCUCUUGUUGGCGAACGCCUUCGCCGUUCCGUCGGUCCAGUUAGGACUGGGGAGACACCAAGCCGAUAUCGAGCCUAAAAGCAAUCUAAAAUACCUAGUUUUAGGUAUCAUUACCUCAAUGAAUUUAUUGCUCAUAGGAUCAUCAAUCCUAUCAUGGCCCUGGUGCCGCCCUGUCAACAAGAUUUGGAAUCCUGCGGUUGCGGGAUUAUGCUUAGAUUCCGCGACCAACUAACGGUAUUUCAUGGUGUCUGGAACUUGUUACGGUGUUACGAACGUGGUGUUGGCACUUAUUCCAUGGACAAUCAUAACCCAGUUGCAAAUGAAGACAAAAGAGAAGAUGAGUGUCGCCGUCGCCAUGAGCAUGGGACUGUUUGCUGGUAUAACCGCUUUUGUCAAAGUCAGCCAACUGCAGCGUCUUGCAAGCGUCGACUUCUUCUACGACGGAGUGGACCUGAUUAUAUGGGGAGCUGCAGAAACAGCCACGACCAUCAUAGCGACCUCGAUUCCGGUCCUCGGCGUCCUCUUGAACGAAAUCAAAACGUCUUCAGGCGGCAAUUAUUUCAAGACAUUGUCAAAAGACCGUACAAAGACCCCCAAAACACAGGCCAGCAGAGUCCGUACUAUAGUCACCGCGAAUCGCCGAGCUACCAUGCCAGAUAGAGGGGAUGAUGCGGCGAGCGACAAAAACAUACUUCCUAAAAAGGCGCAUAUUACGAGGACGGCGGAGGUGACGAUGACGUAUGGAAAACGUGCGAGCGACGAGGAAAGCGAAUAUGAGAUGGACGAAUUUGAUCAGCAGAGUAUCAAUCCGCAUGCAAGCUCUACGCACCCAACUUGAUCACACUAAUAUCUCGUUGGGCUAGUAAAGACUCACUUCUUGAGAGCAGGAGAAUACCAUAUCUCGUCAAAUU